AUGAAGCGGAUUCAGGAGAUUCGCGACCAUCUCAAAUGUCUCGAGGAUUUCGAGAAUCAUCUCGAACAGUGCGAUGAGUGGAACGCCGUCGCACAGGACAUUAUUCAGAAGCUCACACUGCUCCGACGCGACUGCGAUCGAUCGCUGACACCGCCGCAUUCGGCGUCGUCAUCGGGGGCGAGCAUCUAUUCGGCACCCGACAACUCGUUCAACGCCACCGACACCGUCUACGAGGAGGCCGCCGACGCCUACGAUCGCCAAAUCUAUUCGCGAUGCGUUCGAAUCGUCGAGACGGCGAAUCGCGAGUCGCCCGUCGAAAUGUGCCUCAUCUCGUUGGCGCAUCACUCGUACGCCGAAAUGGUCAACGCCGCCGACGCGUCGUCCGACGACGCCGUCAAAUUCGCCACCUGGUGGGCCGAGUUUCUAGAUUCGGUAGAAGCCGGCCGAGCGCAUCACGAGAAGAUCGAGCUUCUCGAUUAUGAAGCGAUCGCCUUGGAGCGCCUAUUCAGAAUCCGACAGCGUCAGGGCAAGUGUGUCGACGAGAAUGUCGAGAAGCUUCUCGAGGUGGUCAUUCGAAGCUUCGAAAUGGUCAGCCUCAUCAAUCGGCCCUAUCAUCUGAUGGCAAUUCAACGCCUUCUACGCCUCGCCAAUAUUCUCGAAGGCGUCGAGAUCGACAAUGGUGGGUGUGAGCACGACACCAACAACAAGACGGCAAACUUUUUUGCAGAAUCGACGAGAAUGGCGAAAAGUGCGCUCGAGAGCGGCCUCGAAGCGAUCGUCGCUGAUCGCCGAAAAUUUGUCGCCGAAAAUUCGGGCGCCGAUUUUCGGUGCGACGAGUGUGUGCGCCAAAUUCUCGAUCUCGAAAUGAUCGCCGACGAGAAUUUUCCCGAAAUCGACAUUGUCGUGCGCCUUUAA